GCGCAAAAGCGGAUGUUUACAAGAAAGAAGAGGAAAAGACAUUUCGAAUAGACGUGAUUGAUCGUGAUAUUGAUGACAUCUGGAAAGAUUACAAAAAGGCAGAUCUAUCUGCUUCCGAUACUGAUUAUCGAAAUAUAAUAGCAUCUCUUCAAACCUCCGUCGCCCGAAGAAAAGCCUAA